AUAUUUUUACACAAACAAGAAUAUUGAGAAACAGAGCAAAUCAAAAUCGAAAGAGAAAAGGCGUACAGUGUUAGGAAGGAAUUGGAGUUGAUCAAGUGAAGUAAAUGGAAGCCGAAGGAGAAAUCGUGAUUCCUAAGAAACCCAGAGGAGGAGGUAAGGUGAAGAAUGAUCCAGCGAAAGGAAAGAAUCGGCAAGUUCUCCGUGAUAUAGGAAAUCUUGAUAUUCUACAAAAUAUGGAAGGGAAGAUCUCUCGCCCAAUUACAAGGGGUUUUCAUGCACAGCUUUUAGCAAAUGCAAAAGUGGAGGCAGAGCAAAAUAAGCUCCUAGUGGUUGAUGAUGGGGUACCAGCAAGAAGAAAAGGCCAAGCUCUGAAGAAGGCAGCACGAGCUGAAAAGAAGUUAUCCGAAGAACCAAAAUGUGAUGAUCUGAUUGUGAUAAGCUCCGAUGAAAAAGAAAAGGAUAAAGCAGAAGACAAGCAAAAGAAGUUACCUGAAAAGCUGUUACUUGAAACUUCACUCUCAAACAGACCUACUGAAGAGGGAAUCGUCAAACCUUGCGGUGGACAAAUUUCAACAGAAAUGCCCUCAAGGAAUAAAAUCAAGGCAUUCAGUUCAAUUCUUACUGCUCGAAGCAAGGCUGCUGGUGGAAUUGCCAACAAGUCGAAGGAUUUGAUAGUGAGCAUUGAUGCAGCAGAUGCUAAUGAUGGCUUGGCAGUCGUUGAGUAUGUUGAAGAUAUCUACAUGUUCUACAAAGAAGAUGAGAGUCGAGUGCAAGAUUACAUGGUCUCGCAGCCUAUCAAUGAAAGGAUGAGAACUAUUCUAGUGGGCUGGCUGAUAGAAGUUCAUGACAGAUUUGAACUAACACCUGAAACCCUGUACCUCACUGUAAACAUAUUUGAUCGUUACCUUUCAAAGAAGACAGUGAACAGGGACAAACUUCAGCUAGUUGGCAUUAGCUCAAUGCUCAUUGCAUGCAAGUAUGAAGAAAUCUGGGCUCCAAUGGUUAACGAUUUUGUAUGUAUAUCAGAUUAUGCUUACACUGAAGAAGAGGUCCGAGCCAUGGAGAAAGAGAUUUUGGGGGAAUUAGGAUGGUAUUUAACUGUUCCUACACCUUAUGUGUUCCUUGUGCGGUAUCUUAAAGCUUCUGUAUCACCGAAUCAGGAGAUGGAGAAUAUGGUAUUUUUCCUAGCUGAACUGGGUAUCACCCACUAUUACACCAUAAUUUCAUACUGCCCAUCCAUGCUCGCUGCUUCAGCUGUUUACGCUGCACGUUGUACCCUUAACAAGAGACCUUAUUGGACUGAAACUCUGAAGCAUCACACUGGCUAUUGUGAAGAGAACAUAAAGAAUUGUGCUAAGCUCUUGGUUAGUUUGCACAUGAAGGAGGCUGCACAAAAUGGGGUUAAGGUAGCAGUUUGUAGGAAAUUCUCAAGUCCCAAAAGAGGCUGUGUCUCUCUUUAUCCUCCAGCCAAAGAUCUUUAAUCAAUCUUCCAUAUUGCUCCUUUUUGCAUUGAGCAUUUUUUGUAAAUCACUAAUUGCAAUUGCAAAUGAUAGAAGUGAAUAUUGAAUAUGGAAUGUACCUUUUUAUCAAAUGAAUGCAAGAAUGUUUGCUUUCGGUUUAAUGUCUUAUUUGCUUGUAUAGUUUGCAAAUAAGUAGUCUUAAGGCUAAAUAAUCUCAAAACUUUUUAUUGUUGUUACCAUUAUAUCGUAGCAUUUGAAGGCGGAAUAAU